CCGGGCUCGCGCGUUUAGCACCGUGGAAAGGAAUCAUGGCUCUAAACAAGUCGCCCUCUGGUACCGAGACAUGGAACGGUGCUCCAGAGCGACUACGGAACAAACUGCAGAGCGUGGCUCGAGACCUCUCCCAGUUCAGCCUUGAUACCGCCAAUGGCAUGCACGAGUCCGGCGCAGGCGAAGAACAACUGGCCUCGGAGCAGGCUCCUGGCUCUGCAGGUAGUCGCAAGGGAGUGUUUUUCUCCGACGGCGUGCGGCGGGUCGACUAUGUGUUGGUCUACCACUGCAAGAGACGCAUGUCCCAGCACCGGCUCUCUGUCAUCUCCAACGGCUCCAUCCCCCAGCCAGCAGCCAAUCUGAGGAAGGGGAGCAUCGAGCCGGAGCUGGGGGAGGCGGGGAUAGAGAUGGAGUUCAGCAAAGAGCCAACCGAUGCAGAGAAAGUCCUGAUACGGGAGGAGUUUGAGGCGGGGCUUCAAGGGGCGGGGCUACAGAUUGAGCGUGACAAAGAGCAAAGGACGGUGCGCUUCACGCGGCUUCAUGUGCCCUGGAACCUCCUCAGCAGGGAGGCUGAGCGGCUCAAGAUCAGAGUCCCAACCAAGAAGACAUAUAAACUGAGAGAGAAGACGGGACUAUCGGGGAUGGUGGAUACCAUGUGGGUGAAGCUAAGGGAACCCUUUCAGCCCGGAGUCACCAUCACGGAGGAGGGCAACAACAAAGUACUGAAACAGCCCUUCAACAGAGAAAAAUUACACCUGUUUGACUUAACAAACAAAGAUGACCUGUUUGAUAGUGCAACACGGGGCAGAAUAGUAUGUGAGAUUUUACGACGCACAGCCUGUACACGAACCUGUCAAACCAUGGGCAUCAACAGCUUACUUGCCAGAGAAGUUUAUGACUCUGCUUUCCCGUUACAUGACGGUGAUUUUGACACUCCAGAUAAAAAGGAUGAUCGGAAUGACAGACAGAUGCUGCAUGAAGAGUGGGCCAAUUAUGGAGUGUGUUUCAAAUAUCAACCAGUCGACCUUAUCAGGCGGUAUUUUGGAGAGCAGAUAGGCCUCUACUUUGCCUGGUUAGGAGUGUACACACAGCUCCUUAUCCCUCCGUCAGUGCUUGGAGUUAUAGUGUUCAUCUACGGAUUCCUCACAGUUGAUGCCAACGUGCCCAGUCAAGAGAUGUGUAAUGCAGGUCUGAACUUCACCAUGUGUCCGAUGUGUGACCGUGUGUGUGACUACUGGCCUCUCAACAUCGAGUGCAGUGCGGCCAGGGCCAGCUACCUGUUCGACAACACUGCCACUGCAGUCUUCGCCAUCUUCAUGUCUUUAUGGGCUGCUGUGUUUCUGGAACACUGGAAAAGGAAACAGCGGUGUUUACAGCACCAGUGGGAUUUAACAGAGAUAGACGAUGAAGAGGAGGACAUGCGUCCCGAGUAUGAAGAUACUCUGAUGGAAAAGAUACAGAAGAAGAAUAAAAAGAAAAAAAAGAAAGAGCCCGCUCCAGUAACAGAUGAAGGGGGCAAACUGUUGACAUCUAAACCAGAGAAUCCGAUAUUUCUGGAAUCUCUGACGUGGAGAGAUCGGUGGCAAGGGUAUUGCAUCAAUGUGUCCUCUAUUCUGCUAAUGGUUGGGGUGACGUUUUCCGCUGUGACGGGAGUGAUCAUGUACCGCGUAUGUGUGUUUGCCGUGAUGUCCAUGAAUCCUGACCCAGAGGCCAAGGCCAACGUCCGUGUCACCGUGACGACCACAGCGGUGGUCAUUAACCUCCUCAUAGUUCUGGUAUUAGAUGAGAUCUAUGGAGCCAUCGCAACCUGGAUCACUGAGCUGGAAAUUCCUAAGACUGAGGCAGCAUUUGAGGAGCACCUAAUCCUUAAGGCUUUCCUGCUAAAGAGUAUGAAUGCCUUCGCUCCAGUCUUUUAUGUGGCCUUCUUCAAGGGCAGGUUUGCUGGUCGACCAGGAGAUUAUGUUUACGUAUUCAAAGACUUCCGUAUGGAGGAGUGUGCUCCUAGUGGCUGCCUGAUUGAGGUCUGCAUUCAGCUGGGCAUCAUCAUGUUGGGCAAGCAGCUCAUUCAGAACAACGUGUUUGAAAUCGCCAUACCGAAGCUGAAGAAGAUGUACCGGGAGUACGAGGAGAAGAAGGAGAAGGAAGGGGCCCAGCUAGAGGAGGGGGAGGACCCCGACCGGGAGCCAGAGCCCUGGGAGAACAACUACAGCCUGGAGCCCUACGAGGGCCUCAGCCCCGAGUACAUGGAGAUGAUAAUCCAGUAUGGUUUCGUGACGCUGUUUGUGGCCUCGUUCCCGUUGGCCCCGGUGUUUGCCCUGCUCAACAACGUCAUUGAGAUCCGACUAGACGCUGCCAAGUUCAUCUCGGAAGUCCGCAGGCCGGACGCUGUCAGAGCCAAGGAGAUUGGAAUAUGGCACAACAUUCUGAGUGGCAUCAGCAAGUUUGCUGUCAUCACAAAUGCCUUUGUGAUAUCUUUCACCUCGGAGUUCAUCCCAAGGAUGGUCUAUCAGUACAUUUACAGUGAGACCGGCACCAUGCAUGGCUACACAGACUACACGCUGGCCUACUUCAACACCAGUCACUUCAAACCAGGCACCGCUCCCAAUGGUACACAGUACGACAAAGAUCUCAAGAUCUGCAGGUAUAAGGAUUACAGAGAUCCUCCUUGGUCCCAUGAGUCCUACCAACUCUCUAAGCAGUACUGGUCAGUGCUGGCAGCAAGACUGGCAUUUGUCAUCUUUUUUCAGAACUUGGCCAUGUUCCUGAGCAUGCUGGUGGCCUGGCUCAUCCCCAACGUGCCGCGCUCGCUCAAGGACCAGAUCAAGCGGGAGCGCGCCGCCCUCAUGGAGCUCCUGCUCUCCCAGGAGCCCAGCCAGAGCUCCAGCCGCCGCCGUACGCCACGCUCCCAGGACGCCCAGGUCAUCAUCCGGGGCCCCGAGGAUGACGAAGAGGACCCGCCAGGAGGCGAGAGCAGCAGGAUGGACUCGCCGAGUGCAGAGGAGCCCAGCGCACACCCAGAAACCGUAUCCCUGGAGACGGACCUGAGGGAGGAGGGAGAGGCCCAGGGUGGAGGUCUUGAUCUGGAUCCAGAUCCUGAUCCUGAUCCGGACCCUAAUGCAGAUCCAGAUCCAGAUCCAGAUUCUGACGCUAAACCUGAUCCCGAACCUGAUCCCAGUCUUAGCCCUGAUCAUGACUCAAACCUCGAUCUCAAUGGUGACAUAGAAAUAUCAAAAAAGCCCUCAAAGUCCAAGCUGGUGACUCAGAGGAGUUUAGAUGUUUCAAGUUCAACCUCCAAGGAAGCAGCUGAGACCCAGAUGGAGGGAGACCAGAAUCCCAGAACCAAGACCCGCUGCCGGACCCUCCCUCCCCGCUACCGAGGGCCCGAGCCUGGGGACAGCUCGACACAGUCCAGCCACUCAUCCGUCUUUACCCACCUGAGCCAGCAGGUGCCGCCCUCACGCAGCCAGCUAAUCAGGAUGAAAGACCCCAUCAAACAGUCGUCACAGAGUGAGCUGGCCAGGAGCAUCAUAAGGAACCGUGCCUCCAGACCACCGUCGGUGGAUGAGGUGGCUGAGGCAGUCCCCACACUUCCACCCCGACCCCCAUCCCGGCCAACAUCUGACAUUGAGCUGGCCCAGCGCGGCAUGUCCAGACCUUCCUCGCAGAGCGAACUCUCCGAUUCCUCCCAGAGAUGUCCAUCGCGGUCCCCGUCAGACUUUGACCUGAGCCAGAGUGUCCAGAGAGGCUUGUCGAGGCCGGCGUCAGAGGCAGAGCAGCUUUGCGAGGCGUCCAGCAGACCAGCGUCACGGCCGCCAUCCAGACCUCCAUCGAGGCCCCCCUCGGACCUAGAGUUGGCCCAGAGGGUCCACAAGUCUCUCUCGCGACCCCCGUCUGAAACCGAGCUGGCCGAACCCUCGUCCAGACCUCCGUCUCGGCCACCGUCCAGACCCCCGUCCAGACCACCGUCAGACAUAGACUUGGCCCAUAAGGCCCUGAAGUCGCGAACAGCAUCGGAGGCGGAGGCUGAGUUGAUCGAUAUCUCCUCCAGGCCUCCGUCACAGCCUCUGUCCAGACCGUCGUCAGUACUGGAAUUGGCCCGGAAAGCCGCAAAGAGUUUCUCGCGGACAGGAUCGGAGGCGGAGGCUGAGUUGAUCGACAUCUCCUCCAGGCCUCCAUCACAGCCUCCGUCCAGACCUUCAUCAGAUGUGGAGUUGGCCCGGAAAGCCGCAAAGAGUUUCUCGCGGACAGGGUCGGAGGCGGAAGCUGAGUUGAUCGACAUCUCCUCCAGGCCUCCAUCACGGCCUCCGUCGAGACCACCGUCAGAUGGAGCGCUGGCCCAAAGAGCCUCCAAAGCCCCCUCACGGCCAGCCUCCCAGGACGACCUGUCCCAGGGCACCUCAAGACCUCCAUCCAGACCUCCAUCUAGACCCCCAUCCAGACCCCCCUCCCGGCCUCCGUCAGACAUCGAUUUGGCGCAGAAAGCUCUGUCACGCUCCCCAUCACAACCAGACACCGGCCUAAAGACUCCUUCAAAGCCCCCUUCAGACAGCGAGCUGGCUCAGAACAUGCUCAAAGGUCCCCCUGCCUCCGACCAGAGAUCCAGAGCCAAAGGGCGCUGCCAGACGCUUCCCCCCAACCAGAGGCCCCCCGAGGCUGGGGAGACUGCCGUCCGAACCAGCCAUUCCUCCACCUUCACCCAUCUAAGCCAACAGGUCCCGCCAUCACGCAGUGAGCUUACCCGGGACACACACGUGUAAUAUGAGACCGUGUAGAUGCUGGAGGUGAGGAGUCUCCAGGGGUCAUGCAGAGGUCACAGAGGUCAUAUGUCUCUCUUGAGAUUGCCUCUCAUCUGAUCUUCUCCCCCAUAAUGGUUGAGAAUACAAAUUCACCAGCCCGGAUGAUUCCACGAACUGAACUCAUCACUGAUGGUGAGAUAACGUUCCUCUGCUCUCCGACUGAUUGGCUGAUGGGAUGGUUCUCAGAUCCUGGAUUGGUCAGUGAGAUGGUUCACUGUUCUUUGAUUGGUUCAUUACAGGAUUAUGGUUGCUAUACAGUUUCUCCUGCUCGUGCAUAACCAUGACUGCCUCUCAAAAUAAAAGACAAGAGAGAUACUACACACCAACACAGACAAAUACACACACACAUGCACACACACACACGUUGACAACUUCAACAUACACAUGGAUGGAAACACUCACACCCCAAACACACCCACACACAAACUUCAUUGUACUAAGACUUUUUACUGUUGUUGUUUUUUUAAGGGAAAGGAGGUGAGAGAUUAUCUGUCUUGCUGGUGUGGUAGAGUGUAAAUCUGAAACUGCAUUUAUGAUGUAGAAUACCAAAGAAAGCCACCCACCCUUUUCUUAGAUAUCCUCGACAUUUUGAUAAUAUCAACAAAAACUCAUUAUUGUUCUUAAUAAGCAUGUUAUUAUUGUUCAUAUAUAAAGACAAAGUUCAUAAUAAAAAAAAUGUG